UGAUCACGCUAAUUAUUAAUGAUCUUUUAUUAAUUAUUAUUGGUUCAAUCAUUAUUAUAAUUAAUGUUGUUGUUCACCAUUGCAUUUGUUUAUAUCCUGCCUCUUUAGUGUUUUCAAUCAAGCUAAGGUGAAGAGUCUUCUUUUGUUAAAAAAUUGUCAAAAUCACACUUAGCCUGUAAAAUUUAAAUCUGUUCAAAAUUUGACACCUUUUUAAUUGCUAUAAUUGCCUUAAUCCCUAGAUUUAUCCAAUCAUACCUCAAACCAAAACCAAGUGACAAGUCCCAAAGCAAACCGUAUCGCCUACAAGUCCGGCACCACCGAACCACCGAUUGCGCCGGAUAAGGACUCUCACCACUACCAAGUCCCCUUCCCCCGUGGAAACAUUCAACCAAAUGCAGAGAGUUGCCCUCCCCCAAAUAUGCCGCUCUCAAAAUUGUUGCAGAUUCAUCUAAGCUCCUACACUUUCGAUCAAACCCAAAAAUCCCAUUGAGUUAAACAUAAUUACCUAGCUAAUCAAAUCACCUACAUUACGCGCCAAUUUUACCAAAAUGUCACAAUUCGACCCCUACACCCACCUCCACAUAGUACACGACCCCGCCACCGACACCCUUACCCGCCCCGCCUCCACCAUUAUACCCGCCAACCCGGACCCCGCCCCAGGCGACCCGGUCGUCUCUAAAGACGUGACACUCAACACGGAAACCAAAACCUGGAUCCGGAUCUUCCGACCCGCCAAGCUUCCCUCCAAUGACAACACCGUGGCCCGCCUCCCCCUCAUCAUCUAUUUCCACCACGGCGCCUGGAUAUUCCUCUCCGCCGCCGACUCCACCGCGCACACCAAUUGCUCUCAGAUCACCUCCGAAAUUCCCGCCAUCAUCGUCUCCGUCAACUACCGCCUGGCGCCCGAAACCCGGCUCCCGGGCCAGUACCAUGACGCCAUCGACGCAAUCAACUGGGUCAGGGCCCAGGCCCAGGACCCGAAAGGCGAGACCUGGAUCCGAGACUACGCCGACGUAUCCAGGUGCUAUCUGUACGGUUGCGGAUGCGGGGGCAACAUCGUCUUUUUGUUAGGAUUAAAAGCGUGCCAGCUCCAGCUAGAGCCGUUGAAGAUCUCGGGGAUUAUUAUGAACCAGCCGAUGUUCGGUGGGGUCCAGCGGACUAAGUCUGAGCUGCGAUUGGCUGUGGACCAGCUUUUGCCUUUACCUGCGCUCGACCUCAUGUGGGACCUCGCGUUGCCGAAAUCAACAGACAGGAACCAUCGGUACUGUAAUCCGAUGGCGGAUGGGGCCCACAAGGCGAUGAUCAAAGGGCUGGGGCGGUUUUUGGUGAUUGGGUUCGGUGGGGACCCGAUGAUAGACCGGCAGCAGGAGUUUGUGACGAUGCUGGUGGGUUGUGGGGUCAGGGUUGAUGCGCGGUUCGAUGACGUGGGGUUCCAUAAUAUUGACUUUGUUGACGCCAGGCGGGCUGCUGCCGUUUUGAACAUUGUUAAGGAGUUUAUCAUCUAAUUUUUUAUAUAAAUGUAUGAUUAAGAGUGUAAAUUUCGGCUUUGUUCGUUCUUUAUUUUUAUUGUUUUGCAGAAUAGUUGUUGAAGAUUUUGUACUGCUUUGUUAUACCAAAAUAUCGAAUAGCCGACCCAAAUCCCAAACCGGCGAUUGAUAUAUUUGGGUCGGUUGAAGAGACAUUCAGGCGGUUUGCUCCAACUUGGCAACU